AUGGCCGCGGUGCCCAACGGAGUAUCGGCACCGCCAGCCGGCCCUGGCCCCGGCUUCAGCACCACGGACAGCGGCGGCGGAGGAGGUGGUGGUGGUGGAGGCGGCAGCGGGAGCUCGGGCAGGAUGACCGGUCUCAGCCCUGGGCACGGCCCCGGCCCCGUGAUCCCCAUGAAGGACCACGACGCCAUCAAGCUGUUUGUGGGGCAGAUUCCCCGGAACCUGGACGAAAAGGAUCUCAAGCCCCUGUUUGAGGAGUUCGGCAAAAUCUACGAGCUGACGGUGCUGAAGGACAGGUUCACGGGUGUGCACAAAGGCUGUGCCUUCCUCACAUAUUGCGCCCGGGACUCAGCCCUCAAAGCCCAAAGUGCACUGCAUGAACAGAAGACCCUGCCAGGGAUGAACCGCCCUAUCCAGGUGAAGCCUGCUGACAGUGAAGGCCGAGGAGAAGACAGGAAGCUCUUCGUGGGGAUGCUGGGGAAGCAGCAGAGCGAGGAGGCUGUCCGGCGGCUGUUUGAGCCUUUUGGCCAGAUUGAGGAGUGUUCCAUCCUCCGGGGCCCUGAUGGAACUAGCAAAGGCUGUGCUUUUGUGAAAUUCGGGAGCCACGCAGAGGCCCAGGCUGCCAUCAACAGCCUGCAUGGCAGCCAGACUAUGCCGGGAGCCUCCUCCAGCCUCGUUGUGAAGUUUGCUGACACAGACAAGGAGCGGACACUAAGGAGGAUGCACCAGAUGGCCGGGCAGCUGGGCAUCUUUCACCCAAUGACUGUACAGUUUGGAGCCUGUGGAGUGUACACACAAGCGAUAAUGCAGCAGCAGGCAGCUCUGAUGGCAGCUCAAGGAACGUGCCUCAACCCCAUGGCAGCCAUUGCCGCCGCCCAGAUGCAGCAGAUGGCUGCCUUCAAUGUCAGCGGCCUCGUCGCCACGCCUGUGACACCCUCAUCAGGUACGAGCACACCGCCAGGCAUCAGCAGCGGCACUAUCCCCAGCAUUGCUGCUCCCAUUGGGGUGAAUGGAUUCAGUCCCCUCACCCCCCAGACCAAUGGGCAGCCAACCUCGGACACCCUCUACACCAACGGUCUCCACCCCUACCCAGCUCAGAGCCCCAGUGUGGCAGACCCCCUCCAGCAGGCCUACGCAGGGAUGCAGCACUAUGCAGCAGCAUACCCAGCCGCCUAUGCCCCUGUGAACACAGCCUUCCCUCCACAGCCCCCGAUCCUGCCUCAGCAGCAGAGAGAAGGCCCCGAAGGCUGUAACCUCUUCAUCUAUCACCUGCCCCAAGAGUUCGGAGAUGCCGAGCUCAUGCAGAUGUUCCUGCCUUUCGGCACUGUCAUCUCUGCCAAAGUCUUUGUAGACCGUGCCACGAACCAGAGCAAAUGCUUUGGGUUCGUUAGCUUCGACAAUCCAGCCAGCGCGCAAACGGCCAUCCAGGCCAUGAAUGGCUUUCAGAUUGGCAUGAAGCGGCUCAAGGUUCAGCUGAAGCGGCCAAAGGAUGCCAAUCGGCCCUACUGACCCAGCCCUGAUUGACUACAGACAGGCUGGAAGCCCUGCCCUGUAUGAAGAGUGUUCCCCUUUUCCCACGUACAGUAUCCAAACUUGUAACUCUCUUUCUUUGCAACAUAUCACGCUGGAGGAAGAGGAGGAACCUCCUGUCCUGGCUGCACUCAAGAGAGAGAGAGAGAGAGAGGAGAGCGAUUGAGAGAGAGAAAGAGAGAGAGAGAGAGUCGCCCUGGUUGUGUGGUGUGGUUUUUUUUUUUAACUCUGAAUUGAUUUUUGCUUUCUUUCUUACAAACAACCAACAACAAAAACCUGAAGAUCGAGAAGGAACAGAACUGGACACAUGGAACCAAGCAAGCCUUCAGUGAGGCCAGUGACCCAAGAGGCCUUGGGUUUCUUUGAGCCAACCAGAGCUGUUUGGAAGAGACAGCUUGGAGCACUUGGCUGUCCAGUAGUGCUGGAGAAGGUUUUGCCAGGACCGGUGAAGCAGGUAUCCUCCUGCCUUACCUUGCAGGAGGAAAAGGAUCUAAACCAAAGCCAGUGAGAGGGGCUAAGGCCAAUGUCUUGUAUUUUGAUUUUUGAUUGUUUGGGUUAUUUUUUUAAGUGUGUCUCUCCACAUCUGCGUGGAAAGAACCAAGGCUGACAAGAUGUUGAACUUCUGGAAAGAGAUGAGUAUUAAGAUCUAGCCUUGUGAGCAUGGGGAAAGGGAGGGAAAGGAAGGCAGGAUAGAGGGGCCUGCUAGCCCCCUGGCUUCUCUGCCCUCUCCUUACUGGAGAGGCAGGACUUACUUCUUUCAGUCAUAUCAUUCCUUAGAGUUUAGGGACCAAAGGACUAUUGCUUUUUAAGAAAAAAUAUAUCUAUAUAAAUAAAUUAAUUUUCAAAAACAAAACAAAAAGAGAAACGAAACAAGGUCAAGUACAGAAUCUCAGAAAAGCUGCACUGAAACAACCACAGAAAAAGAUGGCCCUGGGGAGAAAAGGUGGAACCUCCCUCACCCCCAGAGGCCUAAGGGUAGCAGGAGAUCUGAAGGGGCCUGGGAAGGGGGAGGCUGUGGAAAACUUUCUGCUGAGUAUUUAAUUUCCUGGUUACCCCCUACCUCUCCCUCUUACUUUUUACAUGAAAUAAAGGAGAUUGGAUUUGUGUGCAAGUGAUAGAAGAGACAUGAUAACAGUGACUCUCCCCCCAAAUGCAACCCUAAUGACCCCCAAAGCCCUGUAAAUGGACCCCUUCUAUCCCAAGAGCCCUGCAUCCCAGACCUCAACUCCCUGACUCCUUGGGACCCUGCUUUGUGCCAAUCUUACUUGUAGGUCUGGGGUCCCAAACUGAGCUACCCCUUGUUUCUUCCUCUAGGUGCUUAUAGCCAGAUUGGCACCAUGGCCUUUGCCCUCUGGGUAGAGGGAGCUGACACAGGCAUGAAUACCAGAAACAAUUCCUUCCUUUAUUAUCUGCUUUGAGAGUACAUAUCCUUCUUAGGGCUACUCCCUUCACAUAGUAAUUCUAUAAUGACUUUAACCUCACCUAUAGACUACCAACCACCUCCAACCUGGCAUAUUGUAAGAAACAAAGGACUGGUUGGAGCAAGGGAGGGGUAACACUGACUCCAAUUUAAGUCAACAAACUUUUAUUGAGUAUUUAUUGAAUAUCUACCAUGUGCAGAGCACUGUCCUAGGUACUAAGGGAGAGGCAAAGAUAAAUAAAACCCAGCCCUGAAUGUCAGAGUUAACAAUCUCAUGAAGGAGUUUCUAAUCUACUAAGGGUCUGAAGAGAAGAGAAGAACAUUUGGGAAAGCUCCCUAAUCCCCAGGCAGAUUAGUCUUCUCUGAAGUUUUUCUCUCCCUCCACACCCUUCUUCCCCCACCACCCCAAGCACUUUAAAUCCAGCCCCUCUACUGCAGAGCCCAGAAAUGUGACUUUUUUAAAAAAUGAAAAUAGGCAUUAGCUGAGUUCUUCAUACAGAAUCUAGCUGGUCAAAGAUGGAUAUCUGUCCAGUCCUGGGAGACUCCAAAGGGUGGCCUGGGUGGCAACCUCAAUCCCUUAGUCAUUUUCUGCUUUGGCUCACUGACCAUUGGGGGAGUAAAAGUGCAGAGUAUGGGGGGAAGGCGGAAAGAAUCUCCCUUCAUCAUUCCCUUCCUACUUGGAAGCUUCUCAUACCUAACAAAGCUUGCUCCUUUCCUGAUUCCAGAUCACUCACUAUGUCCCCUCCUCAGCUAGUGUAGGCAAAUGAGGAUUGGACCAGGAAAAAAAAUUGACAAGCAGAUCCCAUGCUCUGCUCAGCUCAAAAAAUACUUUGCUCUUCUGCCCUUGCUCAGAUCAAAGAUUUAAUGCUAAACAGCUUUCAAGGUCAUAAUAGGUAGGAAAGCUGAAGCUCAGAAGGGUGAAGCCCAUGGUCACACAAGUAACAAGUCAGGAUUUGAACCCAGCUUCUUUGAUUCCAGAUCUAGCAUCCUUUCCACUGGACCAUAUGUUCUCUCCUAGGACCAAAUGAAAAUGAAAAGCUAUAGUCUUAAACUGGGCCAUGAAGCACCUUGUCCCACCCUUUCUGAGGAACACACCGCUGCCUCCUGAGUCUAUCACUUCCCUCCCUUGACCUUCCCUUGCUGCUGUCAGCUCUCCUCUCUGGGGCUCAGUUUGUCCACCUGUCAUAUGGGCUCAGAAUGUGUGACAAAGGAUGCACCUCUGGCAAGUAAGGUUCUAGAUCAUAUAUCUUGACAGAUAAGCAAAGGUAAUUUUCAAGAUGUGGGUUAUUUCAAAAUGGGAGCGCCACAUUGCACAGGACCCAUAAAGAAAAUCGAUGUUUUGCCAAAAUACUUCUUCAUUCCUCUAAAAAAAAAAGGCACCUCUCCUAUGCAACAACGUCUCAUGGGUGCUUCUCUAUGGUGCUUUUAUAUGGCGAGUUGCAGGUCACAGCUUAUACAUAGCAGGUGCUGUCUGUUUGCUUAUAUGUGGCAGCAUGCUGUAUGCUUGUAGGCAGCAAGCACAGUCUAUAGCUCACAUACAGCCUGUACCAUCUGUCCAUUUACAGAGCAGGUGUAGUCUGCAGCCUGUGUACAGUGAGGGACAUCUGUCUGCCUAUAUGCAGUGGUGCUGUCUGUCCACCUACCAAAGGUGGACACAGUAUACAGCUUAUAUGUGACAGGUGCUUCUAUAGCAGUAGAUGUAGUCUCAGUGCAGCCUCUUACCUAGAUUACCUCCUCUCUCCCAGACCAGCCUGGAGUUUUUCAGAUGUCUUUUUCUAAACAUUGUAAUUUGCCAUGCUCUAGCUAGUUCCCCUCAAGAUGGGAACCCCACAAGAACUGGUCUGCCUAACCUGAAAGCCAAGGUGUUAGGAUGGAUGAUCCUCUCCAUCUCCAAAUGUUGACAGGGCUGGAGAAGUGGCAAAGCAGUGGCAUAUCGAGCGCUGAAAAGCCUGAUUAGGUAAUAGAGGGGCCUUUGGAAGGGAGUCAUCCCCAAGCUUCCCUUCCCCCAUCCUCCCAGGGUGCAAAAGCUAAGGCUUAUUUUCCCUUCACCUUUGGACCCUGGACUCUUCCUCAGAAACCUUCCCCCGUUUCCACCACAAAUACAUUUUCUCUGAAAAAAAAAAUUGUCCAGCUCUCUCUAUCCACUCUAGUGUCCGCCAACUCUCUGUCUCUCAUUCCUUCUUUCCCUUCCUCUGUCUCUCUCUCUCUCUUAUCUCUCUCUUCUCUCUCUC